AUGGGAGAAGUGGAGGAUGUGACAUCAGUCUCAGAUGAGGAAAUGAAUGAGCAAGGCAGUGGCCGUGGGGAUGGACGUAAUCAACAGCCACGGGUGCAUCAGGUCGAUGGUCAGGGUCAGGAUCCGAAGGCAGGAGAAGGCCAAGAGAAUGACGUGGAGGAGAUGGAUCUCAGUGGUUCGCAGCAGAAGAGACGCAGGACUUCUGGGUCGGCUAUGUCGGCAGUUGGUGGCAUGGCAGUUGACUUGCAGAACCUGGGAGAGAUCUACGCGGUCGGUGAUAAAGCGACGGUUUGCUUCACUGCCAAGUUGGUCCAGAUUGGGGAGUUGAAGGAGAGGCCAACGCCGAAGAAUCCAGAUCGGAAAUGUCUAGGAUUGGUGGUGGGGAGCACGGAUCUUUUGGUGCAGGUGGCUUUGUGGACACCUGUGGCAGAGAAGGUUUUCACCUCAUUGAUGAAGGCCUAUGAAGCAUCGCCAGAUGGGCAGUUCCCGGAUGUGAUCUGCAAGAAGAUGCAGAAGGUUGUCAUCACCACGUUUCCGAAGGUGUUGUGCAAGGUGCAGAGUUCAAGGGACAGUUCGGUGGCUGUGGGGUCGUGCAGUCCAUUGAAAAUUUACCCAAAUCCUGCAUGGGUGGUAUCGGAUUUCCGAAGCAUGGUGAAAGAUGAGAAGAUCGAAGAGGGAGUGCAGGCGAGUUUGCAAGGAAGGAUGUACAACAUUGAAGAUGUGGUGCAGUCCCGAAAGGGAGAUUCUUUGGUGCGUUUCAUCCUUGUUGACUGUCACCAGAAUGGGAUCCCUUUGACUAUCCACGGCCCCACGGCAACUUCGGCAUCCAUCUGUGAAGGGCGCGUCCUGACUAUCGUGUCGGCACUUGCCCGGGCUCCUUUGGGCGAAUCUGAAGAAGGUGGUGCAUUUUGGGCCUACGACGAAGACAGUUUCUUAUUUGGAGGUCGCAGCCUGAGCCAGAAGCCGAAGUUCCAUUGUCUGAGUGUUGCUUGA